AGGCAGCGGACCCGGAAGUGGUUGCGGAGACGGUGGCCGCGUGGACUCACCCGGUCGCGUUUGGCUGCCUACGAGAUGACCAAAGUCAAGGCGGAUCCGAACGGGGCGGAGGCGGCGGAGGCGACCGGCGGGGAGCGCACGUAUCAGGAGCUGCUGGUGAACCUCAACCCCAUCGCGCAGCCGCUGGCCUCCCGCCGCCUCACGCGCAAGCUCUACAAGUGCAUCAAGAAAGCCGUGAAGCAGAAACAGAUUCGGCGCGGGGUGAAGGAGGUUCAGAAAUUUGUCAACAAGGGCGAGAAAGGGAUCAUGGUUUUGGCAGGAGACACGUUGCCGAUCGAGGUGUACUGCCAUCUUCCAGUUAUGUGCGAGGACCGGAACUUGCCCUAUGUGUAUAUCCCCUCGAAGACGGACUUGGGUGCGGCUGCAGGUUCCAAGCGUCCCACCUGUGUGAUCAUGGUGAAACCCCAUGAGGAGUACCAGGAGGCCUAUGACGAGUGCCUGGAGGAGGUGCAAGCCCUGCCACCACCUUUGUGAGAGGCUUCGGCUGCACUUUGGCACCUGUUCCUGGAGCUGCUGGCAGCUGCCCACCCUCACAGCGUCUCCCUGACUUUCUGAGGCAUGGAUUCUUCCCAGGCACUUCAGCAGCUAUUCUUGGAGGUGGAACCAGCAUCUUUUCCCUCAGUGCCAUUUCCUGUUGAGCUUAAAUGAAGACAGUUCCAAGACUGUGGGGUAGAAGUAAAUGCUAAGGGAAAAUGCGGUGUGUCUGUGAUGUUUUUAAGCUGCAGCUGCUGGUGCAACCAAGGAUCUGGCAGGCAGGAGCGGAAGCAGCCCUUCUCAGAACGCUGAGGGAGUGUAUCUUGCAAAUGGUAGCCCUGGCCAUGGCUCAGCUUCCAGCCAAGCACUGAUUCCACAGCCCACUGCAUCUUCACCUCCUACUUCCAGGACAGGCCCAGUCUUUGAGAUGAGGCAGCAGGACACCCCCCCCCCCCCAGCCAAAGAAACCUGUGGUCUGUUCGAGGGGCUCUCCCAUCCCUCUUUUCUUUUCCCUCCAGGAGCCUUACAUAUCUGACAAUUGUAAAUAGGGAUAUGGAGCCAAAUAAAAAAACCCAGACCUCU